AUGGACUGGAGGUGGAUUGCGAGUCGCGUGGUCCUGCCGUUGGCUGUGAUCUCCACGGCCUGUUUCUUCUACAAGUUGGUGAGAGUCCGGUUGGUCUUCUAUCGUCUCAGGCAAAGAGGCAUGCCGAUGCCCCCGUGGAAUCCUUUUUUCGGCAGCCUUCCGUUCCUUAGGAGGUUCAUGAAAACUGUCCCGAAGGACGCUCAAGCAGGAAUGACAUUUGCGGCGCUUGCCUCCGAACUUGGCCUCGAUCCUGGCUUCUACGUUGACAUGUGGCCAUUCGGCUUCUCAGCACUAGUCGUCACAGGGGCGGACCUCUCGAUUCAAACUUGUCAAACUCAUGAUCUCAUUAAACCAGACCAUCUCGUGCCGUUCGUCGCUCCAAUGUCCGGUGGCCCAACAAUCUUUGACAGCAAUGGCGACGAGGCAAGGCGGGGGCGAGAACUUUUCCAUCACGGGUUUAGCAUGCGCUCGGUCUUCAGAUACGUCCCAUAUCUGUUGCAGGAGGUCGAGGCUUAUGUUGAUGUUUUACGUGACCUGGCGAAAACUGGGGAUACCUUCCUUAUGGACCAGAUCACUUGCAGAUACGUGAUGGACAUUAUCGGCAAAGUGACAAUGGGAACCCGUUUCCUCAGCCAGCGAAGAUUUCACCCUGUUGCUGCCGCCAUGCGCGAUACGAUCGACCGAGAAUGUCAGAUUGAGACUGGCAAUCCCCUUGAUGGAUUGAGUCCCGUGCGAUGGAUCAAACAGUGGCACAACAGCCGGACAAUGAAUCAUUACAUUGGCAUCGAGCUUGAAAAGCGCUACCAGGAAUGGAAGAACCACAAGUCCGCGAAUCCGUCUGCGCCCAAGACCCUGAUGGAGCUCGCCAUCGCGGAACACAUGAAAACAAGCCCGGUAGCUGGGCCGACUCUUGAACCGAAAUUCAAAGCCUGGGCCACUGCUCAAAUUCGCCUCUUUCUCUUUGUUGGCCACGAUUCCACCGCGGUGGCGAUCAUGUAUUCUCAUUACCUUUUGUCUAAGCACCCAGGUGUUCUCGCCAAAGUCCGGGCAGAGCAUGACAAAGUAUUUGGUACGGACUUGACCAAGACUGCGUCUUUGCUACGCGAUCGUCCAGAACUUAUCAACCAACUCCCAUACACUCUCGCAGUGGUUAAAGAAACCCUGCGUCUCUACCCCCCGGCCAACGGUAUUCGAGGCGGUUCCCCAGACGUUUGUUUGCGUGAUACCAAAACAGGUACGGUGUACCCAACCGAUGGGUUCUCGAUAUGGGUCUUGCACCACGGCAACCACCGUAACCCGCAACACUGGCCCGACCCACACUCGUUCAUCCCUGACCGCUGGCUCGUGGAGCCCGGCCAUCCCCUGUACCCUGUCGCCGGAGCAUGGAGACCAUUCGAACAUGGGCCGCGAGACUGUAUAGGGCAGACACUUGCGCUUCUUGACAUUCGCACCACCCUUCUUAUGACGGUUCGCGAGUUUGAUUUUGCCGACCAGUACGCGGAGUGGGAUCGUCUGCAUCCCAAACAUGGGUUAAAUACGAUGUUCGGAGAGCGGGCGUAUAUGGUCCAAGCCGGGUCUGCUCGCCCGGCCCAGGGGAUGCCGUGUAAAGUUUCCCUCAGUUCCCGAUCGCCGCACAAAUAA